CCCUCUAAGAUUUUGAAAUCCUAAGGGGCUUGACGAAAUGGCAGCUGCACCGUCGACAGAAGACCUGAGAAGUGUAAGACUCGUCUUUGAACCCAAGGACAAUGCAGCUUUUGAGCCCUUGAAUAACUUGGAGCUUUUCGUUCCUGACACUUUUGGGCGCAAAAGUAUCAGGAAAACUAUUAGUCAACUAUCUAAAGACGGUCCAGUGGACCUUCUUGACUUUGCAGUAGAAGGAAUAUUAUUGCGCACAACUCUAGGCAAGUUUUGUGAGAAAUAUGGAAAAUCGCGGGAAGCCGUUUUGGAAAUUUUGUGCUUUCAGCGAGAGUCAGCGCCUACUGAAGUUUCUUCCAACAGUCAAAGUCAUUGGCUUUCUUGCUUAUAUUGCUUCCAUCUUUCAGAAUCUACAAAAGUAGUCGCUGGAGCUGCAGAAGGGUUUUUACAUGGUUGGAGUUGGAGUCAUAGCCAAUUUUCUGCAGAGUGGGAGAUGCCUGCUUUCAAAGACGCGAAGCAAUCGACAGUCAUUGGCGUUGAUUGGCUUCCUGCUAAACAGAAGUUAGUUUCCUGUUUACAAUCUGGAUUUUUGGUUCUCAGUAGUCUUGAAGGCAACGAGAACAUUUCUUUAAGUUUGAAUCAACCUGGAUCUACCAAGAAGAAUUCCAUCGAAAGUGUUUUGUUCUAUGGCAACACAGGAGACAAGUAUGAUUCCAUAUUUCUGGGUGCUUUUGAUGGAUCCAUUUUAAGAGUUCAGAAACACGACAUAGAGCUGUAUUCUGACCUUAUUAGUCCGGAUAAGGACCUUUAUUGUCUCAAAACGGAAGAAACUUUGCCUGGUCAUUCACAGAGAGUCUCUUCCGUCAUUUCGUUAGAUAUGAAUUUUCUGUUGAGUAGUUCUUGGGAUGGGACUGUGAAGAUAUGGGAUCUCGAUAGAUGUUGUUUGACUUCUUCCACAAAUGUUGGAAGACCUAUCAAUUCUUCCACAAAAAGUUUGAAUCAGGAUUACCUUGUCGCUGGAAACAUGGAUGGUUCAUUUACGCUUCUUGAUUGUCGUCAGGAGAAACCUGCUCUUCGAAAGAAAUUCGCGCAUUCAUUGGCGACUACUGCAGUGACUUCUUCACCUUUAAAGAACCAUUUCUUUUGCACAGCUGGCCGUGACAAUAAGAUAAAAGUUUGGGAUAGUAGAGCUCUUAGUACGCCAUUCUACGAAAGUGGUAGAAAGGGAAAGCAAGGGAAUACUUAUUUCACAUGUUUGUUUUGGGACAGUGAGAAGAAUUUGCUGUUGGCUGGAAAAAGUGAUGGAGAGUUGUCUUGCUUAUUGUUUGAAGAUGGAAAAAUGAAGUUGAGCUAAGAGGCCUUUACAAGAAUUGCUCAAGAGAGAAAAAUUAUGUAGUCCUUCUAUCUUUUAUACUGUUCAGCUAAUCUAAGAAGAGUUUUUUAAUUAAUAGGCUUAAUUUCAAUAAACGCUUGUAAACGUAUGUAAAAGGAGGUAGUCCAUAAGAAAUGAGACCACUUUGCU